CAAAUAAAACAAAAGGUUGUUGCAAUACGAUGUCGUUUAGUAGAUUCCACUGGAAGAAGAUAUGCAUUUGAGUUUCGCCACCAUUAUUGCACAACUUCAGCAAGCCGCCAACGCUUGUUAUCGUCUGCCCUACAAACCACAAGGCUACAAUCAGUAAGAUAACUCAACCUAUAAUCGACGAAAGUUUUGCAUAUAAAAAAGGAACAGGCAACAAAUUCGGUGCAAAUUACUCGAAUCGGCAAAAAUGGAAAAGGAAACACCGACGAAAGCUAGCAUCGUGAGUUCAUUAAUGGCGGUGAAGCGACGUUCCGGCAAGACUUUCAGUCAAAUAGCGGAGGAGACUGGAUUGACUAAUGUCUAUGUUGCUCAGCUCCUGAGACAUCAAGCUCAAUUGAAGCCCGAUACUGUCCCUAAACUCCGGGCAUCACUCCCCGGCUUUGUGGAUUCUCAAAUCCAGCUGAUGAUGGAACCCCCUCUUAGAUCCUAUGAUCCAUCCAUUAUCCAGGAUCCUACCAUCUACAGGUUAAACGAAGCUGUUAUGCACUUUGGUGAAAGCAUUAAGGAAAUCAUCAAUGAAGAUUUUGGUGAUGGCAUAAUGUCAGCUAUAGACUUCUUUUGCUCGGUUGACAAAGUGAAGGGCGUGGAUGGGAAGGAGCGUGUAGUGCUGACGUUUGAUGGGAAGUAUUUGCCACACACUGAGCAUAAGGUGGAGAAUAUGGUAUCAAGACCGAAGGUGCCUAAAGAAUAGUUUUCAAGACUUAAGUGGUUAUUUGAUUAUGGUAUUCACCAAAUUGUGUUGUGUAUGCUUUAAGAUGUUUUCUUGUAAUUGUAGCUUUGAUGGUUAACUACCUAUGAAAUAAAAACCUAGAUCUUGGUAUGAAUUGAUCUCGUCAUUGUAGUGGUAAAAUGGUAAUUUUUGAAAUUUUAUGUUCAAAUACAGG